CAAAACCAUACGAACGCUCACUGUAAUAUGAGUAAUGCUAUUAACCAAAAUGGUACAGGUCUAGAACAGCAGUUUGCUGGUCUGGACUUGCAGCAGAAGCAGCAGCAACUUGGCGGCGGCGGAGGCAGCAACCCAGAAUCCGGAAAUCCUAAGCAUCCGGCCGGGCGGUACGUUCCACCGCAAUUGCGAGAAUGUGCUGAUAGUGGCGGCGACUUUCAACCUUCUGAAUCCGGUGCCGGCGGUAUACCUGUAAGCGGCGGCGGCGGUAUCGGAGGUGGAGGUGGCAGACGAGGAUUCGGUGGAGAUUCGAACCGGAAUCGUGGUGGCGGCGGUGGUGACUACGGACGCUACGGCGAUCGUGACUAUCGCGGAGGUGACUACAAUAGACGUAGCGGCGGAGGCGGCGGUGGAGGUGGCCGCUAUCAAAACGAUCGACGCGGCGGCGAUUAUGGCAACUAUGGUCGAGGCGGUGGCGACCGGGGCUACAACAAUGGGCGCGACGGUGGCGGCUACCGCGGAGACGGAGGCUAUCAGAAUUCUGAAGGUUACGGAGGCGAUCGCCGGGACAACUGGCCGGCGUACGGUGGCGCUCGUGGUGGUCCGGCUGGCGGACCUCCGGCCGGUGGCCGUGAUAGGCCAAUGGAUGGGCCACCACCACAAAACGAUCGCUGGCAGGAGCCGGGACCGGCGAUGGGUCCGCCGGGACCGGGCAGUGUCGGUAGCGGUGGCGGAACAGGACCCGGCGAGGGUGGAGGCGCCGGUGGUCGAUCGUUCUACGAUCGGGGAGCGAAUGGCGGAGGAGGAGGCCGUUGGACGAGUGGUUCCGAUCGGCGCGACGGUCGGGGAGGUGGCGGAGGAGGUAGUGGCGGCGGAGGAUACGGAUCCGGACGUGGUCAGAUCGACUACACGAUCCUUACCGAGCGGGACGAGCGUCUGGAGGCGGAGCUGUUCAAACACGGCAACACCGGUAUCAAUUUCAGCAAGUACGAAGAUAUUCCCGUGGAGGCGACGGGCGAUGACGUGCCGGGGCACAUCAGCAGCUUCGACGACAUUGAGCUGACAGAGAUUAUCGAGAAUAACAUAAAGCUGGCACGCUACGACAAACCGACACCGGUGCAGAAGUACGCUAUACCGAUCAUUCUGUCCGGGCGCGAUUUGAUGGCAUGCGCCCAGACGGGAUCCGGCAAGACGGCCGCAUUCCUGGUGCCGAUCCUGAACCAGAUGUACAAGCAUGGUGCCGCGGCCCCACCACCCAACCGGCCGAUGAACCGGCGCAAGCAGUACCCACUGGGGCUGGUGCUGGCGCCUACCCGUGAAUUGGCCACUCAAAUUUUUGAAGAGUCGAAAAAGUUCUGCUAUCGGUCGCGUAUGCGCCCGGCCGUACUGUACGGCGGUAAUAAUACGCAGGAUCAGAUACGCGAUCUCGAGCGGGGCUGUCACUUGAUCGUGGCCACGCCCGGUCGGUUGGAGGACAUGAUUGGACGCGGUAAGGUCGGGUUGGAUAACAUCCGGUUCCUGGUGUUGGACGAAGCCGAUCGCAUGCUGGACAUGGGUUUCGAGCCCCAGAUUCGGCGCAUCGUCGAGGAAAGCCGAAUGCCGGUGACGGGCGAACGUCAAACGCUCAUGUUUUCGGCCACCUUCCCGAAAGCUAUCCAGGAGCUGGCGAGCGAUUUCCUGUAUCGCUACAUUUUCCUCGCUGUGGGACGCGUCGGUUCGACCUCGGUCAACAUUACGCAGACGAUCUUCUGGGUGGAGGAAAACAUCAAGCGUUCGCAUCUGCUCGAUCUGCUGUCGAACAUUACGGCACAGAAUGACGAGGACGCCGAAAAUUGUCUGACGCUGAUCUUUGUCGAGACAAAGAAGGCCGCCGAUUCGCUGGAGGAGUUCCUGUACAACCACAGCUACCCGGUCACGAGCAUCCACGGCGAUCGUACGCAGUCCGAGCGUGAGGAAGCGCUCCGCCUGUUCCGUUGUGGUCGCUGCCCGAUUCUGGUCGCGACAGCGGUAGCCGCCCGUGGUUUGGACAUUCCGAACGUGAAGCAGGUGAUCAACUUCGAUUUGCCGGCCGAGGUGGAGGAGUACGUGCAUCGUAUCGGUCGUACCGGCCGUAUGGGCAAUCUCGGAACGGCAACGUCCUUCUUUAAUGAGAAAAACCGUAACGUUGCGAACGGGCUGGUGCGGCUGCUCGCCGAAACGGGUCAAGAAAUUCCUGGCUUUCUGGAGGAUAUGACCAACAGCCGCGGGUAUGGUGGAAGCCGCCGCGGAAGGGUACAACGAGGUGGUGGUGGAUCAACGUUCGGAUCACGAGAUUAUCGUCAGCAGAACAAUGCCCGCUCGGGUGGUGGACCGCGCGAUCAUCGUCAGAUGGGUGGAGGCGGCGGUGGUGGUUCCCGUGGGUACGGUGGUGGUGGCGGCGGCGGCGGUGGUGGUGGCGGUGGAUACGGUGAACGGGAUGACGGUUAUGGACGCAACGGCAUUGGUGGUGGAAGCUAUGGCGGAAGCUACAGCAACAACGAUGGAGGCAACGGUGUCGACUGGUGGGGCGAUGGUUACUGA